CUAGCCUACAACAGACUGCUCCUGCUUACUUCAUCGGUUAAAACGAAUAGGAGCGGGUUCUUGUAAGGAAAAAGAUCUUCGAAAGUCAAAGAUUCACAGAUCAGCUCUCCGAUUUUUGACUGUCAGCCAGCUUGCACCGACAAUGCAGCCAAACGGGACACACAUUAAACAAGCGCUGCUCCAGCAGAAGCUCGCACUGAUCCUGUUAGCGGUCUAAAAUAAAUGAUUGAUUAUAAAAGGCAGCUUAUAACAUUUAACCGUUUUCGGUUCUUCUCCAGUAAUCGCUCCCAUUUCUUCUACGAGGCGGAGCAGGUCGCUGCUGUUUUUUCUAAUGGAGAAAAAGCACGUGGUUGUUACAAACCUCUCUCAGGACACAGCGGGGAGGCGGAGGUGGAGAGAUGCGGGUGCAGUCGGGGUGGGAGAGGACGCGGUGAGGAGAGGAGCUGAGCAGUCUGCGCGCUUUUGGAAUACGGACUUUGCUCUCUCUUUCUCUCUGUUUUUCCUAAGGAAAGACUUGCAUGCAGGAUGUGGAAGAUCGCAUGUGUUGAGAGAAGAAAAAUGUCAUUUGAUGUAGAUUUCUGUGUUGAAAUAGCCGUCGAAAUCCUAAUGGUAUAUCUUUACAUAUCAUCUCUGCACAUUUUACAUUUUUAGAAAUCAUAGUUUAAAAAAGGCGCAAAAUGGAUUUUUUAAACGGCUCCAGUCUGGCGGACGGCAUAGGGGCAGAAAACAUCUCCUCUAAUUCCACCAGUCCUCCGGUCCAGUACACGCAGCUCGCUAUCUGGGGUCUGGCUGGACUUGUCAGCUUUCUCAUUUUGUUUACCAUAGUGGGGAACGUCUUGGUUGUCAUCGCCGUUUUAACGAGCAGAGCACUGAAACCACCCCAGAACCUUUUUCUGGUCUCCCUGGCCAGUGCAGACAUUCUGGUGGCCACACUGGUCAUGCCAUUUUCUCUGGCAAAUGAACUUACGGGUUACUGGUUUUUUGGUAAAAUUUGGUGUGACAUUUACCUGGCUCUGGACGUUUUAUUCUGCACCUCUUCUAUUGUUCAUCUGUGUGCUAUUAGCUUGGACAGAUACUGGUCAGUGACACAGGCUGUAGAGUACAACUUAAAGAGAACACCUCAAAGAGUUAAAGGGAUGAUUGUGGUGGUUUGGUUGAUCUCAGCCAUCAUCUCUUUCCCACCACUCAUAUCAAUGGAAAGAAGCAGCAAUGAGACCCGACCCCAGUGUAUCCUGAACGAUGAGACCUGGUACAUCCUCUACUCCAGCAUUGGAUCAUUCUUUGCCCCCUGUGUUAUCAUGAUCCUAGUCUAUAUCCGGAUAUACCAAGUGGCAAAGACCAGGACCAGAACAAUGUCAGAGAAAAAGAGGGAUGUGGACUCGCCACUGGAAAAUGGGAUGGACAAAGUUGAACCAGGCAGAGGCAGUUCAUUAAAGUCCAACAGGGGUGGGAGCAUAAAAGACCAGGAACAUGAGAAUGGGCACUGCCAAGAGCAGGCAGUUCAACCCCCUCUGCCAAAUGAGCCAAAACAUCCAGACCAUGAUGAUGACUUCAAUGACAGCAGCUCAUCAGAUGAGAAGCCUAAAAAAGGUUCCGGCUCCUCCAAACAGCAUGAUUACAAAAAAGAUAGGAAGCCCAGCCGGAAGAGCAGCUCCGCCUCCAAGUACUCCAGCAGGAAGUCACGUGCCAGUUCCAAGUCCAUGGAGCUGUUCUCAUCUCGCCGCAAACGAAGGAGCACCAUCAAUCAGAAGAAAGUCUCUGCUGCUCGGGAGAAACGCUUCACCUUCGUCCUCGCCGUUGUCAUGGGCGUAUUUGUCGUGUGCUGGUUCCCAUUCUUCUUCUUCUACAGCCUGUACGGAAUCUGCCGGGAGCCAUGCAAAAUCCCUGAGACGCUAUUCAAGUUCUUUUUCUGGAUUGGUUACUGCAACAGCUCGCUAAACCCAGUCAUCUACACCAUCUUCAAUCAGGACUUCCGCAGAGCCUUUCAAAAAAUCCUGUGUAAGUCAUGGAAACGCUCUUUCUGAGGGGCAGGGGGGGUCCUGCAUGGCUGGGUUUCUAAUAGACAUUUUAUCCUACAGACAUACAUUUGAACUGGUCCUGAGCUGUAGGAUCAAAAGCUGGCCUGGGGUGCUUUCACACCUUUGCUUUCAUGGAUUGUACUUGAAAUAAUGGGUAUGCUUAACGGAUCAAAGGAUUGAACUAAGGUACAGAAAAGAAGAUGAAAAUACAAGAGUAAGAGCUCUUGUAAUAUUUAUAGGGGAGGCUUUCAUCCAACAACAUUCAGGCUGUUUUUGGACCCUGAUGUGGGCUUCGACUUAUUCCCCUCUUUCUCGACUUCUUCUCCCUUGAUUUAAAUACAGAAAACUGGCUGAUAAUAGUUACUGUGAUGCAUGCACACCACAAUAGCUGUGCUCAGAUGAAUUGCACAGGAGGAGAAGGGUUUACAGAGACACCUGAUUUAUAAUGUGACCUCAUUCACUGAAUAUAAUGUGAAGGCCUUGACAAUCUCCACAGACCUGUUGUUUGUAUUGUUAGAUAGUGGUGUUUAUCUUCUAUCUUCUGUCUCUCACUAAGUUUUUCUCUACCUUUCUAUAACGUCACACUCUCAACAUGAGAGCCAAUGGGACGAAGGGGCUCCUUGCUUACUGUUUCAGUAGCAAAACUGUUUCACUAAAAACAAAAAACUAAACAAAAAAGAUUUCUGUGUCAGUGUUCUGUGGGGGGCUCAUAUACAGUAUGUGUCAAAAAAGUUUCCACUGCAGUUUAAUCAGGGCGUCAGGAUGUUUUUCUUUCUUGUAAACCUGGACUGUGUGGUGGCAUGGAGAGUACAGUAGAGUGGCACCAUGGGCACUUCCCAGAUGUGUUUCCACCUUGUGCCCCCCUCUGAGAAAAUAGAUGGAAUACAAAAGUACUGCUGAGGCAGAUGGGCACCCACCGAGGCUUUCACUGUGUGUGUGUGUUCCUGUAUGUGUGUGAAAGAGAGGACAACGUGUAUAAUGUGGAAUUGUGUUGUGAUAAAGUGAGCUGCAGAAUUUACCACAUCUUAUCUCACCUGCCGGUUAGUGACAGUAUGUCUGUGUGUGUGUGUGUGUGUGUGUGUGUAUAUGCUUGCUUUAACAGAUGGUUUGAUUCUCUCUGGUCAAGUGACUUUUUGUUCUCCUCCAUCCUUUUGUCUGUCACUCUUCUUUUCUCUCACAUAGUCACAAAAAGCACUUAGUCAUCGUAAAAACCAAACCACAUUAUUCCUGUUUUAAUGUCUGCCGCUUGCACACACACAAGAGCGCACACACUGUUAUUAUAUACACAGAGACAAUAUUUUCAUCCUUACAUUUUGAGCAUUGAUAGC